UCAAGAUACAUUCAAUAUGUUCUCCAAAUUAGUAGCUCUGUGCGCAUUCGCCGCCGUGGCCUCAGCUGGGCUAGUGCCCGCUGGCGUGCACUACUCCUCAGCUGCAGCCGUCUCCUCCCAGAGCAUCGUCCGCCACGACCAGCCCCAGGCUAAGCUGGCCUACGCCGCUCCCGUCACCAAGCUCGCCGUCGCCACUCCCGCUGUGUACCACGCCGCCCCCGCCUCCGUGUACCACGCCGCGCCCGCUGCUGUGUACCAAACCGCUCCUGCCCAAGUGUACCACGCUGCCCCCGCCCCCGUCGCCUACCACGCCGCUCCCGUGCACUACGCCGCCCCCGUCGCUAAAGUCCUUGCUCAACCCGAGGAAUUCUCUCACCCCAAAUACGAUUUCUCCUACGCCGUGUCCGACCCUCACACCGGUGACGACAAACAACAGCAGGAGAGCCGCGACGGCGAUGUUGUGAAGGGCUCCUACUCGUUCCAUGAAGCCGACGGCUCCAUCAGGACCGUGGAGUACACCGCUGACGACCACCACGGAUUCAACGCGGUCGUGCACAACAGCGCUCCCACCGCCGCUCCUGUCGUCUACAAGCAAGCGGCUGCUCCCGUCUACGCCCACGCCGCUCCCGUCUACGCGCACGCCGCUCCCGCUCAUCAAUACUACCACUACACAUUCAACAUGUUCUCUAAAUUGAUAGCUCUGUGCGCAUUCGCCGCCGUGGCCUCAGCUGGGCUAGUGCCCGCUGGAGUGCACUACUCCUCAGCUGCAGCCGUCUCAUCCCAGAACAUCGUCCGCCACGACCAGCCCCAGGCCUACGCCAACCCCGCUGUGUACCACGCCGCCCCCGCUGCCGUGUACCAAGCCGCUCCCGCCCAAGUGUACCACGCUGCCCCCGCCCCCGUCGCCUACCACGCCGCUCCCGUGCACUACGCCGCCCCCGUCGCUAAGGUCCUCGCUCAACCCGAGGAGUUCGCUCACCCCAAAUACGACUUCUCCUACGCCGUGUCCGACCCCCACACCGGUGAUGACAAGCAACAGCAGGAGAGCCGCGACGGCGAUGUCGUGAAGGGCUCCUACUCGUUCCACGAAGCCGACGGCUCCAUCAGGACCGUGGAGUACUCCGCCGAUGACCACAACGGCUUCAACGCGGUCGUGCACAACAGCGCUCCCACCGCCGCCCCCGUCGUCUACAAGCAAGCUGUCGCUCCAGUCGUCUACAAGCAAGCGGCCGCUCCCGUCUACACCCACGCCGCUCCCGUCUACGCGCACGCUGCUCCCGCUCACCAAUACUACCACUAAAA